AGUGACUGGUCCUUAUCACCCCAGCUCCUUUUUUUUUUUCUCUCUGUCUCCUGCCUUUUCCAGAAGUCUGUUGAACUCAGAGGGCUGAAUGAGAGCAGUCUUCCCUCUGUGACUGGGAAACUACACGGGAGGAACCAUAUACUGACGCAGACGCGAUGCGGUGUUCCAUCAGGAAAUGCUUCAUACUCUCAGUGGGUAUCGUAUUCCUGUGGCUCUUCAUCACUUUGAAAAUGCCCAAGGAAACUGAAGAUGAUCAAAAUGUGAUGACUAUCAAAGGCCAAGUAGCAAGCUUUGAGCCUUGCUCAGUUUGGGAACUGGGAAUAUAGGGUGGAAAUGGUGUGGACAGGCAGAUUCUUGAAAGCCCCUGGGCUUUCUUCCUUCCUGACCUUUUCACCUGAGAGCAGGAAGCUCCAAAGGGGAUGGGGGUAUGGACCUGGGCCUAUUAGUCCAUGAAGAAGCUGUAUUUAUUUUCCUUAUUCGUUAAGGUAAAGAAGACAGCAAAUACUGCUUGAGCCCUGGAUAUUUUAGCCAAUGGCCAGGCAUCCUGAGAAUGUGCCGGGCUCACUGUAGGGAGAAUCACUCCACCUCUUUCCCUAGAAAAGCUUAUGGGAAGCCACUGGGGUGUAAAAUUUGUUCUUUUUAUGAAAGGAUAUAUAUGUUUGCCCUUGUCAAUGCCCCAGGAGGCCAGUUAUAACAGCAGGAAGGACCCAAGACCACUAGAAGACUGGCAGAACCUCACCUUCAAAUAUAUGGAAAAAAUCCAGAAGAGAAGAAAGACAUGGCUGACAGUGGGGAUCUCAUCAGUGCAGCGAGGGGAUGGAAGCAGCCUCUUGUACACAUUGGUCUCCCUGUUCCGUGUUUCCUCUAAGGCUGAGCAGAAACGUCUCACGGUGCUGGUCCACCUUGCAGAUUCUGACCUCACCUGGCUCAGAGAAACUCUUGCCCAUAUUUCAAGCCUCUUCAGCCCACAGAUCUUGAAAGGGCAGUUGCUACUGAUCCAUGCUCCAUCCGAUGCCUACCCCACUGUGGACAGCAUCAGCGAUGAGGCCUUUUGUGGCGAAUUCUACUCCAAGCAGAACAUAGAUCAUGCCUUCCUCAUGAGCUUUGCCACAAAGCUCUCUGAUUACUUCCUGUUAAUAGAGGACAAUGCCCUUUUUGCCCCCAACUUUGUCACCCACAUUCAUUCAAGGGUGACCACCAUGAAGUCCAACUCGUGGGUGCUACCGGAGUUCUCCAAUAUAGGCUUCCUUGGCAAACUCUUCCACAGCAGGGACCUUCCGCUCCUGGCCCAUUUCCUCCUCCUCUUGUACAAGAAGAAACCCCUUGACAGCCUGAUUUCUCAUUUCCAUACACUCCUGGUCCAGGAAAGCCCAAUCCUCUGCAGACCUUUCCUAUUCUACCGCAGGGUCUCCUACACUGCCUUUGAUCACAAGCAGAAGGCCACAGCACUUCAGAAAAAGAAUGCCGAUGGUCCCAACAACCCGCCUGGAGCUGUCUUCACUGAUAUGCAGGUUUCUGAUAUGCAUUUCCCCUGGGAGGCCUACACUCUGGAUGAAUCAUUCUUUUGGACACACAACAUUAGUAUAGGAAACCACCUGACAGUGAUUCUGAACCAUCCAGCAAACCUGAGCAGGGUGCAAGUGAUGACGGGCCCCAUUGUGGAUGGGAGGUACGCCCUGGAGAAGGGGCAGGUGGAGCUGGGCUACCAACCUGAGGGGGUGCCACAGCACUGCACCAGCUUCGCCUUGCUGGGACAUCUUUCAGAGGGGCAGAUGGAUCAGAAGAUACUUCUGAAAGGUAUGGGGUACCACGUGAGCUGUGUGAGGCUGGUGGUGAGAGCUGGUCAGGCUGAGGGGCUCAUGAUCAGGCAUAUCUACCUCUGGGAGAAAAAUGACAAAUAGCAGCAAGUGGAUCAACGCUGAAGAUAAAUCAGUAGGGGGAUGAAAAAUUGAAAUCUUAAAGCCGUUUCAUUCUAGUCUAUAUGAGUGACAUAGGGGAGACACAAUGGAAUGAAGGGCAGACAGAGAAGACUGUUAGUCUUUUGGUGCCACCAAGAUGUCAGGAGACUUGUUGCUUCCUUUCUAUUCAAAGAACUCUCAUAGGAUAUCUUUUGCUGGGGCACAUAUAGCUUAUCCAAAUUUGGGGAGAGUUUUGAUCACUCUCAAAAUCUUUAGAUACCUGGGAUGCUGAGAUCAGCCCAAAUCAAGGUGUCCAUGUGUGUACAUGCAUGUGCAUGUAUGCACUUCUAUGUUCACACAGAGGCAGAGGUGGGGAUGAGGUAUGUGGUCAUAGGAGGGCAGGCAAGAAAAUCAUGGCUGAAUCCCUAGAAUUGACAUCAUAAAAAGCCAUGAAAGGGACUCUCAUUAGAAGUCAAAAUCUCUGAAGUGCAGGAAAGUAGCAGAUGGACAAAUAGCAAUAAAACGAAUCCCUUAGCUCUAUUAUUGAAGCUGUUUCACAGUGCCAAUCUAGUUCCCUCCUUUCCUCACCAACAAACUUGGGCAUAAAUAGGUUGUAACUAGGCUAGGUAUGGUGGCUCAUGCCAGUAAUUGCAGCCUCCCUUAGGAGGCUGAGGUGGGAGGAUCUCUUGAGGCCAGCAGUUCAAGACCAACCUAGGCAACACGGCAAGACCCUGUCUCCACAAAAAAUUACAAAGUUAGCCAGGUUGUGGUGGCAUGUGCCUGUGGUCCUAGCUACUCAGGAGGCUGAGGCAGGAGGAUCACUUGAGCCCAGGAGGUUGAGGCUGGAGUGAGCCAUGAUUAUGCCAUUACACUCCAGCCUGGGCAACAGAGUGAGACCCUGUCUCAAAAAAAAAAAAAAAAAGUUUGUAACUAAAGCUUCACUCAUCAGCAAUUCCUUCCUUAACUCUGGUUUCUGUGUCCACACUGGCCUCUGCAUCCACAAUGCUACUGAAACUCUUCCCUAUUUGUCAUGACGAGAAUAGUCAAAACCCAGUGACUUUUUCAGAUCUCACUCUCCCUAACUUUCUACAGCAAUACACAGUUCUAAUUAUGUCUUCCUUCUCAAAAUUGUCCUCUUCCUUUACUUGUGGGAUUCAUCAGAUAUUUAUUGAGUGCCUACUACAUGCCAGGCACAAAAAAAGCUCCUAUCUGUGAAGAGGGUUUUUAUGGGAGUAAGAUAUACACAGGUGUGUGAAACAUCACAUUGAGGUUAAGUACAGGGUCUGUGGGAGCACAGAAUUGCUGUUCCCAAAACAUUCUUGAGGAUUUAGGAAAGGCUUUUUGGAAGAUGUAACAUCUAAGCCUAGACCUGCCAGAUCAUCACAGAAAAUAGCCAAGUGAUAUGCGAAGAGAGGCAGGGAGACUUUCCAGUAGAAGAAGCAGCAUGUGGUGAAGUGGGCCAGAGGUGAGCAGAGUAAAUCAUUUAGGGAAUCUGGAGAUGGAGGGCAAGCCUGGGUGAGGGUAAUGCAGAAGAGGACGCCACAGGACUAAGAAAGGGCCAGCUUGAGAAGGUCAAAGGAGGUCAGGCGCAGUAGCUCAUGCCUGUAAUCCCAGCACUUGGGAGGCCGAGGUGGGUGGAUUGCUUGAGUCCAGGAGUUCGAGACCAGCCUGGACAACAUAGUGAAAACUCGACU